AUGACGGACCCCGAUCUCGUCCCCGAGGAUGAUCGCUCCGUGGAGCUGUCCUCCAUCGCUGCCAUAUAUCCGGAAAUCAAGAUCGAUCCAUCGUCUCCGUUCAGCGCGGCGCUGGACCUUCCGGUGGCGCCGUCGACCCCCUCCCACGUCUGUUUCCAGGCAUUUGACGCCAAACUCCCCACCAUUUUGACCCCACCGACCUCGUUGGAUAUCAGCGAAACGGAUCUAGACCGGCCUGCGCGCAAGGACGUUCAUGUCUUGUCACACUUGCCACCACUUAGCCUCAAGAUCGAACUACCGGACGGAUAUCCAUCGAACAAGCCGCCAGUUGUUCAACUCAGUUCAGACCCGCCAUGGAUACCCUCUCCGGUGUGUGCACAACUGUCAGAUGAUUGCAGAAGGUUAUGGGAAGAGUGUGGAAAGGACAUGGUGGUUUAUACUUACAUCGACCAUCUCCAACAGCUCGCCGAGACCGCCUUUGGCUUGCAAGGCACGCCGGAUAAUGAACUGUGUCUGUCUCGGGACUUGAAAAUCGCACUGCUGGAUUUCAGCAAUAAGGCUGAACGCGAGAAGUUUGAGCGAGAAACUUUCCAGUGUGGGGUGUGUCUCGAGCCGAAGAAAGGCUCGAAUUGUUACCGGUUGCUGCGCUGCUCUCACGUUUUUUGUGUGGCGUGUUUGCAAAAUUUUUACAACGCCUGCAUCACCGAGGGGGAUGUCGACGGCGUGAAGUGCCUAGCACCGGAUUGCGAGCAGAAUCAACGACCUGCACCAGCCCGCAGUGGGGAAGCCUCGACCCCGAAACGCAACAAGCGGGAUCGGACUCUUGGGCCCAGUGAGCUGCUCCAGAUCCCGUUGUCACCAGAGACCGUGCAGCGAUACGUCUUCCUCAAACGGAAAAAGAAAAUCGAGGCAGACAAGACGACGGUGUACUGCCCGCGGCAAUGGUGCCAGGGAGCCGCACGCUCCAAGCGACAUCCCAAACCAACAGACCCCAUGGCGGAUGACCUCGAAGCUUCAGAUGAAGAAGACGGCGGAUUUGAAUUUGACCCCCAGGGCGAUGAAGCGCAGCUGCCCCCGAUGGCCGAGCGAGUGGCCAUCUGCGAAGACUGCAACUACGCCUUCUGCUGUGUCUGCAAGAAAGGCUGGCACGGCGAGCUGGUGCGGUGUUUCCCGCGGCGCCAGGCUGAGCAGACCGCCGAAGAAAAAGCCACAGAAGAGUACCUUCGUCUAUACACAUCGCCGUGCCCGACAUGCAGCGUUCCAUGCCAAAAGCGCAUGGGCUGCAACCACAUGCGUUGCUUCCAAUGCGACACGCAUUUCUGCUACCUCUGCUCGAGCUGGCUCUCCGCAGACAAUCCCUACCGCCAUUUCAAUGACUUCGAUAGCGGCUGCUAUAACCGACUGUGGGAUCUCGAGGGUGGCGAUGGCCUCAACCCAGACGGCGCAGAAGCUCUGCAUCAAAUCCCCGACGAACUCCUCGUCUUCGACGACGAUCCCCCAGACGCCGACAGCAGUAGCGACGACGAUGAUGACCGUCCGGCCUGGGAAUUCGACGACAGCGGUGAUGAGCACGACCGCCAACGCCGUCGUCGCCCUCCUCCUCCCGCCCCAAUCCCACCUCGCGCUCCCGGCGCCGUCCGCGGAUUGGGAAACAAUGACCCCGGCCACAAUGAUGCCGCCGCCCGCGCCGCCGCAGCCGAACGCCAAGCUCAAGCGAGAGCCAUGGCCGAGGUCCGCAAUCGCCCAGAAGCAGGUCGUCCGCCGCGCCGAGCUGAUCUGGCCCGUGCAGGCGCUGUGCAGCAGCCAGGCGGGGAGCGGGAUUGGAGAGUGGGACUACAGCGCUUUCUGGAUCUGGUACAAAAUGAUCGUGAGGACGAAUGGGAUAGCGAUGAAUUAGACGAUGAUUUCUAA